UAGCCACGCUGGUAGUUAAGAGAAAACGCCUAGAUUUUCUCAAACGAUCAGUUUCGUGGGGGGUAGUAGGCAGCGUGCAGGUUUAGAACGAGCAGCAGCUUGUGCGACUCCGAGUUGCUGCCUUUUCCGCUUCAGCUCGCAGCUGCUGAGGCUUGAACAUCCGACAAAGCCCCGAGAUCAGCUGCCUCAGGAGGAGCCAUUUCGCUUCGUCCUUGAAGUAUUUCUCGCUUUUAUUCGCAGACCCCCGUCUCCCCUCUUCAGCCGCUCUUCGCGGGGGAAUAGUCGACUCGCGUUCUCUUUUUAAAUCGGCGGGAACACUGCGGCUUGCAGAGAGGCCAUGACGAUCCAGACGUGCGCGCGCUUUUAUUCCCUCGCCAUUGGCAUACUCCUCGCAUGCGUCGCGAUCUCAGGCAGUUUGGGAGUGGUGGCAGCACGGCCGUCUCUCCGUUGGCGCUCACCGCUGAACGUGUCAAGCGUGUUCAACGCUGCCAAGUUCGGCGCGAGCAAUCAGAGCAAGAGCAGCGGGUUCAUCGGCCUGCCGUACAGGGAGGUGUACGCCAAGCUGACAGGCAGGGCCGUUCCAGGUUCGAAAGGAGACAAGCAGGCCCACGGAUGGCUCGACAUCAACGUCUACAAGUGGAACAACGAGUACAACGUUCGUUUCUUCACCUCGACCCUGGGCCUGUCGCGAAACGAGGUGCCCACCUCAGUCACCCUCCACAGGGGCAACCCCAAACGCGACGGCACAAGUGACACCAACCUGGUUCUCUCUUUCGACUCGCUACAAGCAGCCUCGGGUGAACAUACAGGUGGCAGCUCUGCUGCGUCGACCCUUACGUUUCCGUGGUUGGCUGUUGACCCCACGCCCCUGCAGCGGUUACGCGGUUACAAUGGGCAUGGGUUUAUGCAGGAAGGCACAGUGUGGAAGGCACGGGGUGUACAAGUUGACUCAACAGGCAAGUCACUGCGCAGGUUACUGGAUGAGCUUAUAAAGAGACCGGGGAAGUUCUACGGAGUGGUGAAAACACCCUCAUUCCCCGAUGGGGCUGUGCUUGGGCGGCUGCAAGGUUCGCUGGUUACAAAGUUGCUACACUGAGUCGCUACAUUGAGUAUGCACUGUAGUCCCUCGCAUUGUUCAGCACCGAGCCUAUGCAUUCCAGGGCCAAGCAUGCCAUCUUCCAUGCUCCAGCCGUUUUGGAGGCCUAGGCUUUUCCAAGCUGCUGUUGCUGUUGCUUCAACAGCAGCUGCUGCUGUUUGGAGUAAGUCAAAAGUGCCAUCAGCAUUGCGCAGAUUGGGUAUAUGACAGCCACCAUGCCAGGAUAUGCACGUUGCAACUGUCGAGAGACCCGCCGGGGUUACCCUUGAGAAGCUCCUAGGGGAAGGGCCUGGGGGGCUAUGGGUGCAUUGCCCCACUAUUAAUACCGUAACCAUUUUAAUCCAGUGGUUAGUGGCUGAAUUUUCGACAUGGUACCGUAUCAGAGCGUUGGUGACUCGGGUUCAAUUCCCAGUGCUAGCACUGUAGAGGCGCUCGUGUCCUCCGCCUAUCCCAGCGAGGGGGGGUGUCGAGAGACCCGCUAGGGUU